AUGGGCAAGAAUCAGAGCAAACUGAGCCCCAAGCUAGUAGAAAACCUCCGCAAUGAGACGUACUUUACUGAAUCCGAGAUCAAACAGUGGUACGAAGACUUCGUCAAAGAGUUUCCUAGCGGGCGAGUAACGCAAAGGCAGUUCAAGGAAGCUUUCCGCCGGCAGUUCGCAAACGGGGACCCCAAUAAACUGGCCGAGCACGUGUUCCGCACCUUUGACACUGACCAGGACGGCAGCAUCGACUUCCGCGAGUUCAUGUGCUAUCUGAGCGUGACCUCCCGCGGCACGCCGGAGCAGAAGCUCACCUGGGCCUUUUCCAUGUUCGACGUGGACGUAGACGGCUUCGUGCAGAAGGACGAGAUGACCAAGUUGAUAGGAGCCAUCUACAAGGCUUUCGGGUACGAGCCGUCGGGCUCCCCGCAGGACGAGGCUAGGACGCCCGAGAGAGAGACGGAGAGGCUGUUCCAGCUCAUGGACAAGAACAAGGACGGAAAGCUGUCACUCGAGGAGUUCCUGGAGGGUGCCAAGAAGGAACCCUUUAUUGCCGCUCUUCUGAAUAGAGAAGUUAAGGCACCUCCUCUAGAGAAAAAGAAAUGA